ACGUUACGUCAGUCAGUGAGACAGUUGAACUUGAACUGCGUGCCGCCGGAUCGGAGUACUUUGUUUUGUUGUAAUGUGUUCGUUGAAUUUUAAGUUUGUUUCCGAUAAUGGGAAUUAAUGUAUCGUUUAUUUAAGCCAGCCAGACAUAAGAUGUAAAGUUAAUGGCAGUAACUGUUUAAAAAGCUGCCACGCGAAGAGUUUACCUCGAUUCAGACAUGGGUUUCAAACUGGUCAGAGUUGAUAAAACUGAUCCAUGCAAAAUUAAACUGGAUGUAGGAACGCACUUGGUUGGAAGAGGGAAAUUUUUGCACUGUGACGACAAAAGGGUGUCAAGAAGACACGGGGAGCUUGAAGUUUCAGAUGACGCUGUCAAACUCACAGCACUUCACACAAAUCCGUGUUUCUACGUAAAAAGAAACACAUCUGACAGGCUUAUUCUGAAACAAAAUGAGAGCGAAGAUCUCAGAAAUGGCGACAAGUUUGGAUUGCUGCCAGUGGACUGUUGGUACGAAGUUUUGUAUUCCCCUGAUGAUGCGGAUGACCAAGGACAUCAGGUAGAAAAUGGGAGAAUCAACACACAAAAUGGAGUAGACAAUUUGGAUAGUACAGAUGUAAACCAUGGUAUUGACGCAGAAACAAUAAGGCAAAUGGAUGUUGAUGAUGAUAGAAUAAACAUUGAUUUGAUGGAAGCACAUGAUAAUGGUGGUAGUGCAACGGUGAAUGCGGAGUCGUCUUUGAAUUUAGCACCGCAAUCGUCAAAUGAAAAGAACGGUCAGCAAGAUCAAACCAGUAAUGACCAACAGCUUAGUCCAAAUGAAAGUGACCUCGACCAAUCACAAUCUCUAAUUCAAGAUCUUAAUCUACCUCAAAUUAUGACCUCAAACAAUAGUGAACCAGCAGAGACUAUCCCUCAAAUAGACCAGCAGAGUUCUUCAGAAAACACUAUAGAACAAAAUGGACCUGUUAAAAUAAAGAAUGAACUGCUAGACCAAAAUUCGAGUAUUGAGCAGAGUCCUUUGAAGAGACCACAUCCAGGUACGUCCGAUGUGAAACAGGAGCCGGAAGAUACGGUUAAAAAGAUAAAAACGGAGGGAAAUGACGCGCCGGCUGGUCCCAGUAAUGAUCAGAAUGUGAUGAACAUCGCGUCGCGAUCUCGUUCGACCGAGUCGACUAAAACGUUUUUCACAGACGAAGUUAUCGAUAAAAUUGGUCGGUCGAUAUCGAUGUCGAUGGAUCGUUGGGACCACUCGGCGAAGUCGUGGGCGGGCACUUUAAGAUGUUUACCAAAGGACCAACAGAUUUUUGCCGAGAAAUUGAUUAACGAUGUACUCUUCGAAGCUCAGAUGAAUUCUCUGAGAAGAGAAAGUAGGGUUGUGGUAGGGUUACCUGUCACGGUGGAUUUGACUGGAUUUUAACCAAUCAAAAAGAUGCAUACUGCUCUGUGGGUACAAAAUAGAUUAAUAGAAUAAUAUGGGGAGCAUUCAUAUUAUCACGUUAAUAUCCCUUGUGGGGUAGAUAGAGCCGAGUCUUGAAGUCUGAAAGGCCACGUUCAGUUGUUUGGCUUAAUGAUAGAAUUGAGAUUAAAUAGUGACAGGACGCCCAUGCCUAAAAGAAGAAUCCUAAGUUUAUAAGCCUAUCCCUUAGUUGCCUUUAACGACAUUCAUGGGAAAUAAAUGUAGUAGUCCUAUUGUUUUAUUUUUAACAUAGGGUAGUUAUUUCAUGGGGUCGUUAAAUAUGAGCCAAGUUAGUCUUAUUUUUUAAGAUGGCGUAAAUCAGAAGUUAGCGUUAAUUUUCUGCCUAUCUUGCUCCUGAAUCGUAUUCUGUUUAGAGAUUUUAUACAAAACCUUUAUGUUACGUUAGUAUAAAUUAGGUGUUAUUGUAUAAGUAGGUAGCGUUACCCACAAUUUUGGAAUUAUGUAGUUAAUAAUCUUAUACCAAAGAGUAAUUGGUUUUUCAAUAAUAUUUUCAUUAUAUUUUAAAAUACAUUGCGUAUUGAUGAAUAGUAGAUGAUUUGCCAAAUUUGAGAAAUCACAUUAUUUGUAAUUCUAUUGGAAUUUUUAUUUUGUUUUUAUAAAACAGAAUAUACAGAAUACUGUAGACGUGUGUGAUAUGUUAUGGCAUAGGUAAUUUCAUUAUAAAGGGAAAGCAUGUUGUAUUAAAAUAUUCACUCGAAAUUAAAUGUGAAUAUUUUGUAAUAGUACAUACAUAACGCCUCUUUCCCGGAGGGGUAGGCAGAGACUACUUCUUUCCACUUGCCACGAUCUCUGCAUACUUCCUUCGCUUCAUCCACAUUCAUAACUCUCUUCAUGCAAGCUCGGCGGUUUCGGGUACUUUUGACCUGACCCUUUGCCAGGACGUCCUUAAUUUGAUCAAGAUACGUUCGUCUAGGUCUUCCCACUCCGACCUUUCCCUCCACACUCUCCUUGUAUAUCUGCUUAGUCAAUCUGCUUUCAUUCAUUUGUAAUAGUACUGAAUAGUUUUAGACGCAAACCACACGGAUUGAACGCGGGGUACGCGGGCUAUUGGCACAAUAGCAAUGUCUUUUCACUCUGAACCGAAGGUUCAAGGUUUGGUCCCCGGUCGGGUCAUGGUGGAAAAUUAUCUUUGUAUCAGUUUAUUAGGCUUCCUUUUUAUUUAUUUGUAGGUACAAUGUGCGUGAGAAGUAGCCGGCAUACUAUGUUUUCUUUGCUACCAGACCUAUUCAUUUAGUUGCCUUUUACGACAUCCAUGUGAAAGAGUUGGAUUGAACCUAUUUUAAAGUGCCAUAACCACACGUCUAAAAUCGUUCUUAAAUGAAAGGGAAAAGUCAAUUAAUGCUUUUGACGUUUGCGUUAAAAAAUGCAUUUCAAUUGAAGUACAGCCAAGGUUUUAUGAAAAUUUAUUAAAAUUAAUAAAAAGGUUAUAGUGAAUUUGUUACCAUAAUUAUUAUUAAAAAAUAUAAUUACUCGUACUUGAUUA